AGCCCUUUUCAGCAGAUCGGCUUACGUGCUCCUCCGCUCUAAAGCCAUGGCCACUUCGAGUCCAACCAUGGUCCUCAAAGAGCGCAAUGCUUCCCCAGAGGACAACAAGAUUCUGACGCCAGCCGAUGCCCAGAAGGAGUGCACAAAGGACUCCGCGAAGAAGGAGACUCCGGAGCCAAGUCUUUUGUCAGCUCCCUCCCCCAUGCGGCGUCGCAAGCUGGAGCCCUCGCUGCAGGCCUGGGUGGCAUCCCGGAGCGCACAGCCCAAUGUGGCCCCCUCGGAGGUGUCCGCUCCAAUCCAGACACGUGGCCGUGAGCGAGAGCGCUACUCGCCCCAUGACUGGAAGGAGUCUUUGCGCCAGGAGGCAGAGAGCAAGCAGUUCUGGGGCAAGGAGUUCCAGCCGACCGUUCCUCAGGGCCCCCGUCUUCGCACCGAAGAGCGCUCCAGGUCCCGCAGCUGCUCAUCGUCCCGGGAGUGGACACCACAGGGCACGCCGACCAGGCGCUCGAUGACACCUCGCUCCAUGACACCUGGACGCGGCAUGCCGGCGAAAGAGCAGGUGGCUGUGCAGCACUACUUGAGCCGCAUGGCGCUGGCACGCCUGGACUCGCCCAUGAGAAAGUUCGCCUUUGGCUCUUCCAUCGAGCGCGGCGUGGCACCUUCGCCUGCACGGUCCAGCUCGCGUGCCUCAGAGAGCAGCCGGGAUUCUAGGUUGUCGCACCUGUCCCGGCCGCGCAGCCUUUCCAGAGACCAGCUGAGCACGGAGGACCGGCAGUGCCUGCAAGCUGCAGAGGAGCGCCGUGCGCUGAGGAAGCAGCUCCGCCGCAAUCGCCGCAAGUACAAGGAGGCCUUGCUGGGCGGCCACUUGGCGGAGCGCUGCACGGAGCAUGUGCUCACCACGCCCAUGGCGCCGGAGCUGAAGACCUCCUUCCGCGCCCGCCUCCGCAGCUCCUCCUGGCAUGGUGACCGCAGCCUCUCCGUGGGCACCGCGGGCCUGUCGGUUGGCACAGUGGAAGGAGCUGAUGCUCGUGUCUUCCUCAAGAAGCAUCCCAACCCCCGUGAGCAGGCGGCCAUCGAACGGCACUUGGAGCAGCGCUUUGCCCGGCUGGCGGACCGGCCUUUGCCCUUCAAGGAGAUGCCUGUGCCUGUCGGGCCGACCCGAGUGGCCAAGGAGGUCGUGGUGCCGAAGGGCGCAGAUCACGAGGAGUGGAUCCAGGCGGCCGAGUCGGUGGAGGAACGAGCGGAGCGUGCGCGAGCAGUGGCACUCGCCCAGCGAGAUUCCGAGUGGGAGCAGCAGCGCUCGCAGCUGUGCGUUUUCAGGGCCAGUGCCAGCCCAGAGAAGGUGAAGCUGGCCAGCCCUCGCAGUCCUCGCAGCCCGGAGGCACUUCGCCCGGUGCAUAGCCCUGAGGCGCGUCCAGCGAGCCCUGCUUGCAAGGAGCAAGAGAUUGCCCAUGCUGACUGACCAACUGACCGUACCAUUCGAUCGAUUGAGCGCUUGCUUGCAAUUCUGCUGAUGCAAAUUCGAAGCAUGGUAAUUAGGCUAGGCUUCGUAUGCAGUGCACACUCGCCC